AUGUCAAACGCGAUAGAGGAUCCCCGGGUCAGGGCGGCCAUUGAGCACUACCUGUUAGAUCUGGAGAACACCCAGCCGAAGAAUACGAAGCGAAAUUAUCGUCCCAAGCAGGAAGAAUGGAAGGAGUGGUGUCAAGCCAACUGGCCUGCGAUCCCGGACGUUUGGCCGGCCUCGGUACCACAGGGCCAACAGCUACCGGGAGACCUGGUCGAUGAAGGAAAGCUCUUGCUCUUCAUGAAGGAGGUAGUGGCAUCACGUCCUCCAAAGAAAGGAAAGAGGGUCGCCGAUGAAAGAAAACGACACCUCGAGGCUCAGGAAGCCAAGAGGGCCGUGAAAAGACGCAGAGCACCAUCAGAUACCAUCGUUGUAGGCGGCGGAGGUAGCGAAUACGAGUCAGACUCCGACUUGGAGUUGUAUGAGUCCACGCUCAAACUACAGUAUAAUACUAUACCCGACCACACCAACGUGGCAUGGUCCGAGAGGAGAGAGAUCGCCUGCGCCCUGAGGACGCAGGUGGACUUUCUGCUCGGGAACCACAUGCUGCUGCGGUCCGGCAACCGCCUGCCGAUGGAGUUGGCAGACUGCUUUCCCCUGGACUUACCCAACGAGGGCUGCAAGGCCCAGGGUAGAAAAGGCGGAAAGGUUUCCGUCUUCCAAAGAAGCGAAGACUGGUAUGAAACGAAGGUGCUCCGCCGAUCGGCGAAGGAGCCUCAAGCUCCGUUGUCGGGCCAGACUGCCCGAGAAUGGACGUCCAGGUUCUACAAGAAGGCCGGGAUCAAGGUCUCCAAGGUCAGCCAUGCGCCUAGAGUGGCCGCGACGCAAAACGCCGACAUGGCCGGAGUGGAUGAAGGCCAGAUCCGCCGAGCCGGUCGUUGGAAUAACGGAGACCAAAUGACCGGCUGCUAUCUGACUUCCUGCCUUUCGAAUUCAUGA